AUGGGUGUGUAUGAACCCUUCAGUGGAAAUCCUUCUGGUGUCGUGGAGUACAAAUUAAGGGAUAGACCAGAUGAGCUUGCUUCUCUCACAGCUACUGCAUUUAAAAUCGGAAAGUUUUUCUUUCUUCAGCUUUCCUUGUCUAGUUUUGACAUCAACCAGAAGCGCCAGGUUUACGAAGUAGAUGUGGAUGCUACGUUCACAUCUGAAUCACCUGUUGGUUCAAGUCCCAUUCGACUCAAAAAUACGACAAAAGUUCGUCUGAGUACGCUAGACAGAAACGAAAACUGUCCAUUCUUUUCGGCACCAAGUUAUGCGUUUACUGUACUAGACAACACUUCGAUACAUAGCUCUUUCGGACAGCUGGUGACGACAGAUGCCGAUUCAGGUUUCAACGCUCAAGCAAUUUUCUACCUUGACCCUGCUGAGGAUGGAUUACCGAUUAGGAUACACCCAUUCACUGGGAAGAUGUAUGCAUCGAGAUCUUUUCAAAAGGGCUCCUGGCCAGAAACACCGCACACACGUAACUUCGUCGGCAUAUUAGAUGAUAGGAAGCAAAUCACAUUUAAAGUGUAUGCUACGCAUCGUGGCGACCCAUCUCAAGUUCGUUGUAAUAUAGUUAGUGUGACAACUGUUCAACUUAGUAUCGAGACGACAAACUCUCAUUCACCAACAAUCAUUGUUGAUCCCUUCAACGACAUUUCUAUCCCUGGUGCUGCGGGUGUUCCAUAUGCUCGCGUUACCGUAAUUGACAAGGACUCAUCCCGGGGAACAGAACAUGCGCUUCGCAUUCUUGAGCCUGAUAUGCAAGAAAAAUUUGAGCUCAUCCCCACGGCUAAACCGUCCGAAUGGCUUCUGCAAGUACGGCGUAACUUAACACCAAUAUCUUUGGCAGCGCGCAUCGUGUUAACACUUGAAGCGGCUGACAAGAAUGCACUGCUCACUUUAGCUCCUCAUCACCUCCCUUUAUCAGAUUCACGUAUCUCCCGCUACACACUGGACAUUCCUGUCGUGUCCAAAUCCACUUACCGUCUUCACUUCCCUAGCGAAGUGACCGUGACCAUUACGGAGGCGGCACUAGUCAACUGUACAAUAGCAAUAUUAACACCGAGUUUACCUUAUAGGAUGUCGAAUUCCAGCUUCGUUUUCACACUACUGAGAGCUGAUAUAGGUAAUGAUUCCUUCAACACACCCAUCAGCAUCACCUCCUCUGGAUCUGUGGUCCUCUCUGCACCAGUCGAUGUUGACCAUCCGCCGUCGUUUGGACGGACCGAGAAGUACACUAAAAUAACUCUCCCGUUCACAGUUGUUGACAGGAAUAACUUGUUGCUUAGUAGUGCACCGAAAUCCCGACUAAUUGUUCUAGUCCAGGACGUAAACGACAACGACCCGGUCGUGCGGAACAACGCAACCGUAUACGAAAUCCGUGAAGACGCUCCUUUAGGGACUGUUGUUUUCCAUAUUGAUGCCAUAGACACUGACGUAUCUGGAACCAGACUACUGUUCUCACUCUAUAAUUCGCAAAAUCUUCCCUUCAUCGUUAGUGACGAAGGCAACCUGCUAGUUGGAAAGCCUCUCGAUGCCGAAGUCAUGCCAACGGAGUUCACUUUAUACCUGAAAGUAACAGAUUCCGGCCGUCCUCUUCCAAGAAGCGUAUUGGCCGUAUUCACUGUUCAUAUUUUAGACGUCAAUGAAUAUGCCCCUAGAUUUGUUGAGUUAGGCUGUGAGACCUGGUUGUCCGUCACUGAUGCGGGGACAAUUCCAUCACAUCCCAAUACGCCGCUGAAUACGAUUCUUGGCAGAUAUUCCGCCGAAGAUAUUGAUCGUGACGGCCAUGGUGCUGUAAGUAUACGUCUCGCAACGUCUACCUUAAACAGACCUUGCUUCAAGGUCGAUGCAACAACUGGCGAGUUGAGUGUGACCUGUUCAUAUAUGGGUCCACCGGGUUCGAAUAUAAUUCUAACUCUGCUGGCAUCUGAUGGUGAUAAGUUUUCUGACGUCCCCGUGGAGCUCACUAUUCAUCUUGUCCAUCAAAAGUCGAACAAAAACUUCACCCAGCGUUGUCAAUCUUCCGGAGUGUACACCGAGCUAGAGCGGUUGAAGUUGCGGCGUAAGGAGUAUGAAUUAUUAAUCAAUUCUUAUCUGCAGCCUAGACUGCUCUCUGUCAACAGACAUCGUCCGAAAUUCCCACCUGAUCUACCAACACGGAUUCACGUGCCUGAAAAUUUGCCACUGGAAGCGGUCGUUCUGCAGCUAUCAGCCGUAGACGAGGAUAGUGGGGAUUAUUCAGCUGCCGGUCAGGUCGUUUAUGGCCUUGAAGCUCUUGGUGCAGUUGAUGCAGAAAACUUUGCCCCAAGCUCUGGCACAACAAACUCACAGGAGGACUUCCAGCAAGCUUUUCUUUUGAAGUCUGUCGUUUAUCCAGGCGACCUCUCGCCAGUUGGUCUUCUUUACCCGAAAAAUGGCGUCGCCUUGGUUGUUGCUGCUCCGUUAGACCGUGAACGUAUAUCCAGCUUCAGUCUUGUGAUACAUGCAUGUGAUCUAGGCACUCCCAGACUGUGCGCCUCAUCCCCGUUGCAUAUAUUUCUGGACGACUUAGACGACAACCCACCGGAAUUCCUGACUCCAUCCGCAGCCGACCAAAGUGAAAUGCCUGAUUCUUUCGAUGGAUUUAUCCCAGUCCUUCAGCACAAAGCUAAUAUUCCUGGGGUCUUCCAAGUGCCAGAAGACAUCCCGAUUGAUGCACGAAUCGGACAAGUUUUAGCUGUUGAUCACGACGUUACAGAUGAGGUCCGCUAUCGUUUGAUAUCACACAGCGAUGUAUUCAAGCUCCACACACUAGCUCACCCACAUUUUGGAUCACUUGCUUUGUUGCGUUGCUUUAUUGGAUUAUUCAUUUUGCCAACCAUUUUGACAUUUCACCGUCACACCCGACAGAUCCACCCUCGAACAGGGCGCAUCCGUCUGCUUAGCUCAUUGGAUCGAGAGAUACAGUCCUCUUACGACCUGGUCAUUGAAGCUACUAGUCAUUCCCGCCGAAAGGAUCAACAGAGGAGACUGUUGUCACCACACUACACGCACCUCUACAAGCUAGCAGAACGAAGAAAUCACUCUGCAGCUCAUCAAGUUGCUGUCACCCGAGUUCGGGUCACUGUCACAGAUAUUAAUGAUAAUCCACCAGUUUUUACUUCGCCCGGGAUACCUGGUCAGAACGAAAUACCUGAUGCUCAACUUGACGUCACUUUUGGUACGGAAGGUUAUCGGCUUUUUAUUCCUGAAGACUUACCUGAGGGCGCUUACCUCACUACUUUGCUCGCUACAGACGCAGACGAUGGACUGAACGGUCUCGUUGGGUACAGUCUUUUCGGCAGCCCUCAAGAUGCAGAUUGCUUCAGUGUUGAUCAGUUUACGGGAGUUGUACGUGUUGCUGCAAGUUGUGAACUUGUGAAACAUCGCGGUCGUUCAAUUCAUUUGACUGCCUGGGCGUUUGAUCGUGGCACACCCCAGCUGACCUCUAAUAGCUCCUUCGUCAUCCACGUUGUUCCGGUGCGUAUCAAUGUCUUUCCCCCCAUGUUUCGCGUACAACCAGCUCUUUUUUCCUGCGUAAUAACUGAGAACGUUCCGAGCGGGACUGCUGUUCUCAGCAGAGUGAAGGAUAUGUCUCCUUUCAGGCUUGAAGCAGCGGAUCCCGAGGGUAGCGAUGUCACCUUUUUCUUGGCUGGAGGAUCAGGCUUGGGAUAUUUCUACAUUGAUGACCAUGGUGUUGUUCGAAAUAAGCGUAUUCUGGAUGCCGAGUCACAGCCUGAAGAAGGCGGUUACUGGUUGACGGUAUACGCGGUUGAACGACCUCUCGAAUUCUCCACUACUCUGAGUGGAUCCACUCAGCCUCAAGUGAUCUCAACGGAACACGCUGGCCCCAUGCGUAGCUUGGCAGAGAUCUUUAUCGAAGUGUUGGACGAGAAUGAUAAUUAUCCAAUCCCAAUCGCACCAGAAUUCGCCUGUGAGAUUCCGGAAAACUCACCUUCUGGUUUGCUGGUAGCUACAGUUUUGGCCACUGACGCCGACAAGAAUAGCCUACCUCUGCGUUAUCACAUAUCAGCCGGGGAUCCUCAAGGCCAUUUUACCAUUGACAGUAAAUCUGGGACCAUUCGUACCACAGCUCGUCCACUAGACAGAGAAGCAGUCCUAAAGGAAACUGGAACGAACCAACUGAGUCUCCUGGUAUCUAUAUCUGACCAAGGAACUCCACCGAAAUCGUGCGAAGUUCGUGUCCUGGUCACGUUGUUGGAUGUGAAUGACCAGACACCAAAGUUUAUACAACUAGGUUCAGUCGACUCCAUUUCGGUAACGGAUGUUGAUUCGCCUGUCUAUCACUUCCGCGUGUACGAGAGUGAACAAGACCAUUUGACUGGUUGUGUGAAUCGGGUGCUCGCAUUGGAUCUGGAUGACUCUGUUAAUGGUACAGUUUUAUACUGGCGGGACAGUGUGGCUGAUCAUUUGUCCGCACCCUAUCCAGAUGGUGGUUUCGAUGUGAAACAGGACAGCGGCCUAAUAUGUUCUGACAAUGUUCCGCUUCAGUCUGGUGAAUAUAGAAUCCGA